AUGGUCAGAGGCGCCGCACUGGACUUGCCACAGCUAACUUCGCGUGACGUCAUUUCCCAAACGCGUCCAAUUGGGCUUCUCCGCAAGGAGUUCAUCUCACAACGGCUAGUUCUUUUUUAUCUUGUCUUCUCGCCGGGGCGACACCAGCUCGCGCACCUGACAAUCUUAACUUUUGUGAGCGUCAAACCUGUCAAAGACCAACAGAAAGCAGGCCUGCAGGAGCUCCAACGGUCCGCAUAUGGCUCUAUGGAGGGCAACUUGGGUUUUGACCCAGUUCACGCUAAUCGAGCAAUCAGACUUACAACCAAUUUUGACAGCGCUGCGUUGACAGGGAUGCGACGUUCAACAGUGGGAUAA